AUGAUGGCCAUCACAUCAAUUGUCGGAGCAGCUAUUGCUGUCGUAAUGAUAUCGCGCAUUUUUUCGAUCGGUCGUCGACCUAAGAACUAUCCUCCAGGCCCCCCUACUCUUCCAAUUUUAGGGAACAUCCAUCAAAUGUCUUCUCAGGAUGUUCACCUGCAGUUUGAGAAAUGGGCUCGUGAAUACGGCCCCAUCUACAGUUUGAUGCUGGGUACAAAGUGUCUUAUCGUGUUGUCAAGCGAUGAGGCUGUGAAGGAGCUGCUAGACAAACGCAGUAAUAUCUACUCCCACAGACAGGAGAUGUAUAUUGGCCAGACUUUGUGUAGUGGUGACCUUCGAUUGCUGAUGAUGGGAUAUGGCCCGACAUGGCGUGCUUUCCGUAAGAUGGUACACAGCCUGCUCAACGUGACAACUUCGAAAAAAUAUGUUACUUAUCAGAUGCUGGAAAACCGUCAAAUGCUCUAUGAGUUCCUGACCCAGCCUCAAGACUUCCUUAAGCACAUCCGUCGCUAUUCCAAUGCACUUACAACGACCAUGGUGUUUGGAUGGAGAACACCCACUUACGAGGAUGAGAAAAUGAUGCAACUAUUCGACGGCUUUUCCGAGUUCGCAACCAUCAACCAAACCGGCGCGGCUGCUCUCAUCGACUUCUUCCCCUUCUUGCGUCAGUUGCCUGAUUUCCUGUUGCCGACCCAGAAGAAGGCCAAGGAGCUUCACAAGCACGAGAAAGCUCUCUACCGAGGCCACUGGCUCAAGGCAAAGAAACAAACACAGGAGAACACUAUAAAUCCCUGCUUCUGUGCUGGAAUGUACGAGGCACAGAAGCGGGAUGGGUUUAGCGAUGACCAAGCCGCCUAUAUCUCCGGGACGUUGCUGGAGGCUGGCUCUGAUACAACCUCAAGCACACUCUAUGCAUUUGUGCAAGCUAUGCUGCUAUUCCCUGAUGUCCAACGGAAAGCGCAGGCCGAGAUCGAUCGAGUCAUUGGGCCCGACCGUCUCCCUGUCAUGGAAGACUUGGCCGAACUGCAGUACAUCCGGGGCUGCAUGAAAGAGUCUCUUCGGUGGAUGCCAACUACCAUCCUGGGUGCUGUCCCACAUGCCGUGACACAAGAUGAUGAAUACAAAGGCUACUUCAUCCCCAAGGGUGCAGGAGUUAUGAACAACGUGUGGAGUAUCCAUAUGGACCCGAAUCGGCAUGAGAGUCCACGCAUCUUCAAUCCCGAGCGGUAUCAAAACGACUGCCAGAGUCUAGGAGAUGCCGCAGCCAACCCAGACCCCUCAAAGCGAGACACAUUCACUUUUGGGGCGGGUCGUCGUAUUUGCCCCGGUAUUCACGUUGCUGAGCGAAGCCUGUUCCUUGGUAUGUCCCGUAUCUUGUGGGCGUUCAAUAUUGAGCCUGCGCUGGAUGAUCAAGGAAAGCCAAUUAUCCCGGACCCGGAUCGAUUGACGCAAGGCUUUGUGUGUAUGCCAGAGGAAUUCCCUGCUUGUAUCACCCCCAGGUCUAAGGAGCGUGCCGAGAUGGUGACUAGAGAGUGGAAGGAGGCGGAAGAGAAGUCUCUUGAUCCUCAGACCAAGCAGUGGAUUCAAUCCCCUGUGGCUGCACCAAAUGUGUAG